AUGCAUUGGCACCAUGGACUGGGUACCAGUGGACGUUCCGUUGCGGCCAGUACAGCCUCCACAUCAAGCCAGCCGUUGGGCGCCAAUAUCCUCAGGGCUUAUCAUCAAGGUGCUUUCGAUGCACACGCUCGUGUCGAGGUCGCGUAUCCGGAAGCGACAAAUUCGGUGGAAAUCGCAAUGCCUGUUCCCUGGAAGCCUCUACGUUUCAACAUUCUUGAUAAUAUGGAGUAUGAUACCGAGUCCGAAACCUCAACAUCUAGUAGCUCCCCGGAGUCACCAACGGAAACCACCAAGGCCUCCGACACCGAUCCGGACCCUGCGAAGCUCGUUUCGCUAGCCAUCGCGCCGCCAACCUUCAAAUUCACCUUCAACCGUCGCUUGAGCUCGUGUACCACCUCGCACACCAACAGCACCUCGAAGCCCAUCAGAAAGCCCGAACCUGUCCCAAAGAGUUCAAGGAGUUUGCCGCAUUCCAAGGCGGCAGGGGGGAGAUCGCGUCGGUCAAUCCGAGCGUUGCGAUAG